UUUUUUUUUUUUUUUUCAUAUUAUAAUUUUUAAACGUGUUGUCCGCUCUGUUAAGUUUUUCAUUUUAUCAAAUAAAAAAAAUAGUAAUCUGACCGUAGAAAAAUUAUACCCCCGUCGGCGCUAGGGAGUUGAGAUAUAUAAGAGAAGAAGUCGCAUCGUUUUAUUUAUCGUCGUCCACACUCCGGCACGCGUGUGCGUUUAAAAUAAAUAUUAUAAGAAAAAAAAAAAUUAAUAAGAAGUUUUGUUAUAUUUUUCCUCGCUCGCUCGCUCGUUUGUUUGUUUUUUUUUUUUUUUUUAAUUUUAUUUUAUAAGUGUUAUUAUUAUUUAAUAUUACAUUUUUCUUUACGUUUUAAAAUAUCGCCUUCGAAACACGGUUAUUCUACGUGUCGUUGUUGAUGUCAUUACUAUUACGCAUCACGAACACUGGUACACACGCUUAACUACUAUACCACACCAGGACGACUUUGGUGAAUGGAAUUGAGAAGACCGAUUUGUUAUAAUUUGUUGAACAGUGUCAAAGAUUUAACCCCGUUGGAUUGAACGAUGGCUUCUCCGACGCCAUCUCUCGAUUCUCUAUCCGGAUUCAACACGUUCGGGCCGGACUACAAUAGGUCUUUGUCGUCCAGCCAUUCGCCAACCGACUCAGACAGCAGCGGUUCUGGCGUAUCGACCGGCGGCAGUGGAACCAGCACGAGCAACACCGGCGGCGGCGCCCGCAAGUGCCAGUUGUGCCAUGAGAUAUUCUCCAACCCGAGAGUACUGCCUUGUCUACACACGUUCUGUCACGCUUGCUUAGAGAGCAACCAGGACCAACCGGAAAAGAUCACGUGCCCCAAUUGCCAUCAAGAGUGCAUUCUCACCAACCGCGGUAUAUCCGGACUGCUGCCGGACUUCACGGUCUCCAGCGGCUCCAUCGAGGUCAACCCGGACAAGUUUGCGGGUGUGUGCAAGGGCUGCAAGAAUCUCAACACCAACGUGGUAGCUUACUGCUACGACUGCCAGCAGACACUGUGCGCUAAUUGCAUGAUGGCGCACCAGUUCAUGAACUGUUUCGAGGACCACCGCCUGCACGGUCUGACUUUCGACAACGGCGACGACAACAAAAGCGCGUUCAUACCGACCACGGUCGGCGACCGCGUAGUUUUCUGUUCCCGGCACAAGAACGAACCGCUCAAGUACUUCUGCCGCACGUGCAACGUGCCCGUUUGCAAGGAGUGCACUCUCAGCGAUCACCAGUUCAGCAUGCACGACGUCGAGCAUCUCAGCGACAUCGGCGUCAAACUGUUGGAGGUGCUCAACGGCACGGUGCAAGAGAGCAAAGCCAAGGCCACCGACAUACGCAACAUGGUCAAGAACAUCGAGCACACGUCAAACAAACUGCAGGUGCAGUACCACAAGGCACAGAACGAGAUCACCGAGACGUUUGCGUUCUACCGGUCCAUGUUGGAAGAACGCAAGCAAGAGCUACUCAAAGAGGUGGAGAGCGUUUACAGCGCGAAACAACUGACGUUGACCGAGGCCUCGCAAAAGGGCCUGGAAGUGGUCGACAAGAUCUAUCAGACCGGCGAGUUUGUUGACAGGCUCACCAAAAAUGCUAACGUAGUCGAAUGCUUACUGUUCAAGAAGCUGCUCGACUCGAAAUUGCAGUCGUUGAUGAGCUACGAACCGGACAACAGCGUGCAAAACAUAUGCGACCUGGAAUUCGUGUCCAACUACCAGGCCAUUCAGGUGGGCGUCAGAAACACAUUCGGGUACGUCCGAUCCAGUACCGAGUUGGGCGUCAUCGGGCCCGGCAAACAGCCGCCCAUCGCUCGGCCCACCAACGGGUCGCUGAUGAACGGAAAUUCGACGAUCACUAACGGCGGCGGCUGUAUGAACGGCUCGUCCGACAUAAUGCACAACGGUACCAACGGCGUCAUCGAGCGUCCAUACUCAAACGGACUGACGUCGACCAGCCCGCUGUCUAACCAGUACGAAACCAACAUACUGUCGAAACGUUUCAACAGUGUCAACAGCUUAGGGCCGUUCUCGACCAGUUCGAUCGGCGAACUCAACCUGAACUCCAUCGGCAACGGACUCAACGGCAUGAACGGAACCGGCGGCGGUGGCGGUAACGGCGGCAUGAACAGCAUCAACAGCAUCAACCCGUACGAGAAAUGGUCCAACGGCGGCAGCGGUGAUAUAUUCCAGAACGGCAGCAGCAACGGCAGCGCCGACUUCCCGUUGACCAUCGACAACAACGACAGUAUUCUGGACCUGUCCAGCAAACUGUUCACCGCUUCGAUAUUCCCGCCCAAGUCGCAAAUCAAACGCCACAAGAUGAUCUACCAUUGCAAGUUUGGCGAGUUCGGCGCAAUGGAGGGCCAGUUCACCGAGCCCAGCGGCGUGGCCGUGAACGCACAAAACGACAUAAUCGUGGCCGACACCAACAACCACCGUAUUCAGAUAUUCGACAAGGAGGGACGGUUCAAGUUCCAGUUCGGCGAGUGCGGCAAACGAGACGGACAGCUGCUGUAUCCGAACCGCGUGGCCGUCGUGAAACCGUCGGGCGACAUCAUCGUCACCGAACGUUCGCCCACACACCAAAUACAGAUCUACAACCAGUACGGGCAGUUCGUGCGCAAGUUCGGGGCCAACAUACUGCAACACCCGCGCGGUAUCACCGUCGACAACAAGGGCCGCAUCGUGGUGGUCGAGUGCAAAGUGAUGCGCGUCAUCAUAUUCGACCAGGCCGGCAACGUGCUGGUCAAGUUCGGGUGUUCCAAGCACUUGGAGUUCCCCAACGGCGUUGUGGUCAACGACAAACAAGAGAUAUUCAUAUCGGACAACCGGGCGCACUGCGUCAAAGUGUUCAACUACGAGGGCCAGUACUUGCGGCAAAUAGGCAACCAGGGCAUCACCAACUACCCGAUCGGCGUCGGCAUCAAUGCGUCCGGCGAGAUCCUCAUUGCCGACAACCACAACAAUUUCAAUCUGACCAUUUUCACGCAAGACGGCCAACUAGUGUCCGCACUCGAGUCCAAAGUCAAACACGCCCAGUGCUUCGACGUGGCCCUCAUGGACGACGGAUCUGUCGUACUGGCCAGCAAGGACUAUCGGCUGUACAUCUACCGUUACAUUCAGAUACCUCCGAUGUUAAUGUAGAUCUCAUUAUUAAGCAUUCCUAAAAACAAACAAAAAAACAAGUCGCCAUCAAAAAAAAAAAAAAAGAAAGGGAAAAGAAAUCUGUUAAUUUUUUUUUUUUUACAAAACAA